GACACUUCCAUUCGGACGUGCCUCUGCAACGAGUUCGAUCCAGAUUUUAGAUCUGGGCGCCCUGCAUACGCUCCUCCCGUUCUUUACAUCAGAUGUCAAAUGUCGGAUACUAAGAUCUCAUUCUCUGAACUUCUUUCAAACUUCAUUUUCCGUUCGUUCUUAUAGAGCACCCUUCUCAAGUUAAAUUCGCGUCCUAACUCUUCAAAACCCUUUCACCAACUAUAUCAUUCUAUUCACUUGUCAUCCUCCAAACUAUCUCAUUCUCCCUUUCGCUUCCGCUUAAGAUAAACUCUCUUCAUGUCUUUGGAUCAUUAUCCAAUCCUUACCGACAGACGUUUUCACCAACAAACCGAGAGACAGUCUUACCAGAUACAUGACUCCAUUUCCUUAGCUCCUGCUCACUGGAACUACCAAUCCAGAUCACAAAAUGAAAUCCCUCAUGAUUAUUCUUCUACUUCUUCUUCCUGGAACGUGAAUUUGCUCAAUAAUUGGUCUAAUGAAGUUGUACCUUCCUCCUCUCCUGUACCAUCCUCUCCAUCUUAUCCAGUCAAUCUGCGCCACCCCGGUUCCGGUCACGGUGGCUAUCAACAGUCUGCUUACACAGAACCCUCCCAGCGUCACUUACAAUCAACAUCUCCUCAAUCCCUAUCAUCCGGAUUGUCAUCUUCAUCCUUUGAACGUCAAGUACUCCAACACCGCUCCCCAUCGGCAGGUUCCACUUUCAAGUUCGACGAUGCUUCAUGGGGUGCAACUCUUUAUACUAUCCACGAUGACAGAAGUACUCCAUCGCAUUCACUACCACCUCCUACAGUCACUAGCACAUCUCCUUCUGCACGUACUUCUUCUAGAGCUUCAUCGUCCAGAUCACCUCCAGUCAAGCUCGAACAAGAUGAGGUUUCAAGCGCCGAUUGCUUUGUCAUGGAAUUUGCUACCGCUGUCCCAGCUGCGCAGGACAGCACCUCAUUAGCUCCCCCAACAGAAGUGCCCUUGCGCGCGACCCAAGCAAGCAAGGCAAUGCGCAAAAUGAUGGGUGUAUUUCGGCUCAAUCCGUUCUCAAUGCAUGAGGGUGGUGGUCAGGCAAUGAGUACCUGGAUGGGGGAGGAUGCAGGCCCGUUGGACGAAGAACCUCAGGUCUUCGAGUUUCAACUCGACGUUGGAUACCGCGACUCUGACGAGGAACUCGAGGAACAAGCACCUUCACACCUUCAGACUCUCAUAGAGGUCCCAGAACCUGGCCCAGACGAAAACACGAGGUGGGCGGAGGGUGACGACUCCGACCUCUCCUACCCCCCGGUCUCACAUAAUAGCUGGGCCACCAACGACCCGUCGUGUCAUUCGUAUACAUUGCCAUCACUCAGGUCAUAUAAUUCCCAUCCCCACUCCCCUUCACUGUCUUCCACUUCGUCGCGAAGAACGCCCCUGGAUAUGUCUGCCUCAGAGUAUUCUGGCACAUAUACACUCCAUGGCUCUGGCAGCUGCGGUUCUUCCACUGAUAACCUUCCGUCACUCUCAUCUAUGGCACGACGUUGGUCGAUUCCCGCCAAUCUACAAGCACCAUUCAUGAUAUAAAGUACACCCACGUUGCAUUACCAUGACGAUUAAUCAAAGGACGGACGAGCUCGUAGCGCUCAAGUCUUGGGUAACGUUUUCAAUCACUGUUGCUACCACUGUCGAUUGCCGAUCUAUCGCAUUUGAGGGUUGCUGGAGUGAUUCAUCCCUGCUUGUUUUACUUUGCUCAUCACGUCGUUUACUGUUGCAUUUUCUUUUUCUUGAUCAUUCUUAUUGUCUUGGGUCGUUCUUCGCUCACGGACAGAACUCAAAUUAAAUUUCUGGCAGGUUGGAACGCAUGUAAUAUACUCUGCAAAAUCAUAUGAUACCUAUGAUACUCAUAUUGUUCAUCUUGCUGCAAUGUCCACAUCCCGAUCUUUCAUGAGAUCGCAUACCGUAACUUUGAGCUAAC